AUAUAAACCUCUGUUUACCCCCAGAUCCCCCCGAUGCUCCGAUGAUCACCGGGUACAUACCAGGAACGACUCUAUCAGCUGGCACGGUGCAGAAGCUGUCCUGCAUCUCCACCGGAGGAAACCCCCUGGCCACUCUCACGUGGUUCAAGAAUGAUAAGAAGAUACAUUCAGUAACGAAGACUACGGAGAAGUCAGUGUCUGCAGAGAUCUCUAUCCUGACGAACGUGACUGACAACCAAGCGCAGUACAGAUGCGAAGCCACCAACAGCGCCACUGAGAUCCCACUCUUCGAAAAAGUCACUUUGAACGUUCAUUUCGCCCCAGAAGCAGUGAAAGUGAGAGCAGAACCUGAAAAGUUGAAACCGGGAAUCGAAGCCACACUGUACUGCGAUGCAGCCUCUAGUAACCCACCAGCCGCCUUAUCCUGGUGGCGGGAUGGUAUACCUGUGCAAGGUCUACCAAUGCAGCUCAAGAAAGGUCUUCACGGAGGAACAGUGUCAACAAUAGAACUCAAGCUGAAGAUCACCAAAGACAUGAACGGUGCGAUCUACACCUGCCAAGCCACGAACGAAGCGCUACAGAGAAGCGUCCACGAUGCUAUGGCGUUGAAAGUUCUUUACGCGCCAAUAUUCGACGAAGCAACGCCCUACACAACAGUUGGAGUAGAAAACGAACCGCUAAUCGUAGUAUUACGAGCUGAUGGCAACCCUGGAAGCAUCACUUACACUUGGACCAAGGACGGACUCCCCAUCACACAGUCUUCUUAUAGCAGCGGUAAUGACAGAAUACUUUCGGAAGGAAGUAUGUUGAACUUGACCCGACUGUCUCGCCACGACGCCGGUGUGUACACGUGCGAGGCUGUCAACUCCCAGGGAGCUGCUACUGCCAACAUCAGCAUAAAUGUUCACUAUCCUGCAAGCAUCGUAUCAGCGUCGCAAAAUGGAAUUACAAAUCCCAACGAAGACGCCAUUUUAUCUUGUACGGCUACAGGAAACCCAUUAACCUCAGAUCAUAUACGAUGGGAAAGGAAAGGAUACAAAAUCGAUCCCAAAUCUGUGACCUUUGAACCUAGAAACUCGACCAGCUAUCUCCACAUAAACCAGCCAACGAGAGAGGAUGUAGGGAACUUCAAAUGCGUGGUAGACAAUGGAAUAGGAGGAGAGUCAAAGGAAAACGUUAUGCUCAUUGUCAAGUUUAAACCAGAGAUGGACAGUGCACCGAAUUUGGCUAAAUCUGCGUCCAAUGUCGGUCAAGUUGGAAGGUUGACUUGCAAAUGCAAAUCCGCACCAGCGCCAAACUUCACGUGGUCCAAAACCGGCAGCACGUUACCAGUAAACACUUCCACAAAGUACUUCGCCGAGUACCACAAGAUAGACCCCAUCACUUACUCCUCGGUGCUCCUCAUCAAUGACGUCACGUCCUCCGACUACGGCUCGUACGAAUGCGGCGCCAGGAACGACUUGGGCUUCAGUUCCGCCACUGUUAAGUUGGAUAUCACAAGUGCACCAGAUCAAGUGAUAUCGCUGACGGUGUCGAACGUUACCCACAGCACGGUCACUUUAGAGUGGGUGCCAGGGUUCGACGGAGGUCUCACUUCAUGGUACAGAAUACGAUACAGAAAAAUUUACGACGACGCAUAUAAAUAUGAAGACGUGAUGCCCAAAAACGCUACAACCUUCACCAUCGGUGGAUUAGAGAAGAGUACAGACUAUGUAUUCUCCAUAAUGGCGCUAAACAAAAUUGGACAAAGCAAAUAUAGACCGGACGAUACGAAGAUUACUACACUAACUUCAUCAGAAGUAGGCGAGCUGAACGUAAUCUCCACGGAGUAUGUGGAUCAGGCUGAUGUGUCAAAAUCAGUCGUCAUUUACGUGUCCAUCACUGGGGUUGUGUUGGUUUUCAUUAACGCCGCCUUGAUCGCUUGUUUCAUAUUGAAAAGGCGUUCGAGAAGGUUGAAAGAGCAAGCGGGCCAGUCGUCGAAAUCGGCCACGAUAGAAAUGUACGCGCCAUCGUCAUACAACGAUACGAUGACUGGGGAAACUCUGAGCUCGGUUUCAGAGAAAUCUGAGACGUAUUCCCAAGAUGAGGGGGAUGACCGACAACCUCCGCCCAUCCCUGAGGUGCCUACGAUGCCCAACAGGCAUAUGCUGAGCCAGACCACGGACGCCUACCUCAUGGACGACCAGGGCAUCGUGAUUCCCCCACCGCUGGACUACCCGCCGCCCAACUACGCCGUGUACGACGGAGACCACGCCAGGACCCUGCCUCAUCCGCACCGGCAUAAGGACAUCAGCGGCCACAGCACCUUGGGAAGGAGUGCUGGUAAAACGAACUACGUACCGGCUCCUAGUCCCAUGCCACCGCUCGACGGAUCCUACUACAAUAUGGCUUCCGAUAGAUAUCUGUCCUACCCGCCUUUGAUUGGAGAAUAUUUGCAACAACAAGCCGGCCGCACUCCAACUCCCCUCAGCAGUACGGAGCUCAGCCAUUACCGAAGCCUCACAUGAUGAACGGAGGGAUAUCGGGAGGAUCGCCUUCUCACAUGACCAGCCCGCCGCACAACUACGGGCUUGAUGUUUCUCUAGACAGACAGUCAGCUGGUGGCACUCUAAGGCGUCAGAGGCUGGACAAGAUGGCCGCCGUUCCACCACCAGAUGUCACCGUACUUCAUCAGGGCAAUUGCACACAGCACCAGAUGUCCCUAAACUCCAUCAGUGAAGCAACCCCAGUCGAUCCUGAAGGACCCAUCGCGACACAAAUACGGCAACCAAUACGGGAGCCCAGUUUCCACCAGCACCCCUCACAACUCAAGCCAAAUAUUGACAGUCCAAAACCUACCAUCAGACGUGC